UUUAAUAAUGUAAACUUAUAAUCGUAAAGGUUAAAAUCAAAUUCGAUUCAAAAUUAAUGUUCUUCCAUAGAGAUCAAUGGAAAAGUGAAGUGCGGUUUCUCAAUAAGUGACACAAACCGUGAAUGUUUAACCAACUCAACGUGAUUGCCAUCAGAUUUUGAACAUUAUGAUCAACCGUUUGCUUACAUAGCUUUACUAUUCAUUGAACAAUCAUUGGAAUUUAGUUCAAGAGUUUUCAGUGAAUAAUUUUGACUGAAUACUUGUUCAGGAUUCAGAUCCACUAUCUAAAUCCAGUGACGGUAAAUUUAUGCGGCUAUGAGUCACAGCCUAUGACCAUCUCAAUUUUAUCAACUUAUGAGUUUUAAAAAACUCAAAAUCAACCUAAUUGUUUACCUUUUUUCUUUUUAAAUAGUUUGGUUAUAAUUUUUGUUUCAGUUAUGGUUAAUUUUUCUAACCCAUUAGUUUUACCAUUCUGAGGAACAAGUGAUACCUGUAUUUGCAUUUAAAUAUCUUUCAGUCUCCAUUUUUGCCUUGUUACUCAUUAUAUCUUCAUUCUGUGAUUCAGUGUUAUUUUUAUUCACCCGUCGAUUUAUAAAUAUAGAUAUUUUUUUGGUUUCAAGUGAAUCAUGUCUGCCUCGGGUUUAUACUUUUUAGACCUUAAGGGCAAAGUUCUGAUAUCUCGUAAUUAUCGUGGAGAAAUCGAGAUGAAUCGGAUUGAAAAAUUUAUGUCGCUAAUUAUGGAGAAGGAGGAGGAAGGUUGCCUCUCACCUAUUAUAAAGUACAAUGACGUUACCUUCAUGUGGAUUAAAUAUAAUAAUUUAUAUAUCGUUGCAUCAACUAAAAAAAAUGCUAACAUUGCUUUAGUAUUUGCAUUUUUACACAAAAUUGUCUCCGUCUUAGUUGACUACCUAAAAGAAUUGGAAGAAGAAAGUAUUCGGGAUAAUUUUGUUCUCAUUUAUGAAUUGUUAGAUGAAUUCAUGGAUUUUGGAUACCCUCAGACCACCGAUGCAAAAAUUUUACAGCAAUAUAUAACACAAGAGAGCCAUAAAAUGGAAGUCGCACCUAGGCCACCCAUGGCAGUUACAAAUGCAGUCUCUUGGAGAUCCGAAGGAAUUAAAUACCGUAAAAAUGAAGUUUUCCUGGACGUUAUUGAAUCAGUUAAUUUGUUGGCCAACGCCAGUGGAAAUGUGUUGAGAUCAGAGAUUGUUGGCUCUAUAAAAAUGAGAGUUUAUCUAACUGGUAUGCCCGAAUUAAGACUAGGCUUGAACGAUAAAGUUUUAUUUGAAAGCACUGGUAGAGGUAAAAGUAAAUCGGUUGAAUUGGAAGAUGUCAAAUUCCAUCAAUGUGUUCGCUUAUCACGAUUUGAAAACGACAGAACCAUUUCAUUUAUCCCACCUGAUGGUGAAUUUGAAUUGAUGUCAUAUCGCUUGAAUACCCAUGUUAAACCAUUAAUUUGGAUCGAAUCAGUCAUAGAACGUCAUCCCCAUUCCAGAGUAGCUUAUAUGAUAAAAGCAAGAAGUCAAUUCAAAAGGAGAUCAACUGCAAAUAAUGUUGAAAUAGUAAUUCCUGUGCCUCAUGAUGCUGAUUCACCUAAGUUUAAGACAUCCAUAGGUUCUGUUAAAUAUGCGCCUGAACAAGAUGCUAUUAUUUGGAGUAUAAAGUCUUUCCCCGGUGGUAAAGAGUUUCUAAUGAGGGCUCAUUUUGGUUUGCCUUCAGUCAUUAGUGAAGAAACAGAGGGUAAACCACCGAUUCAAGUUAAAUUUGAAAUACCCUAUUUCACAACUUCUGGUAUUCAAGUCAGAUAUCUCAAGAUAAUUGAGAAAAGUGGUUAUCAAGCUUUACCAUGGGUUCGUUAUAUCACUCAGAAUGGUGACUAUCAAUUGCGGACAAACUAGUUAAAAUUGUACUUUUGACCGAUUGCAAUUUAUUUACAUUUAUUCACAAAAGGGACUGAGCAGAUUUUCAAUUUAUUAUCAGAAACUUAUACAAAAAAUACAUAAAUAUAAAAACAUUUAUUAUAAACCAAAUAAUGUCAUCAAUCAUCAUAUUAUUGUAAUUCACUCUUUAUUUCAAAAGAAUAGUGCACUUAUAA